CAGGUUUGUUCAGUAGUCGCCUGGAUGUUGAGGGUGUCGGGGAUCAGCAAUGGCCUUCGGUGGUGUUUUACCUCUUUAUAGCAAACGAAAUGGCUCUUGGACUCUUAGAAGAAUAUUCAGAUCGAGAGAAAAAGUCUUAAUAUUUUUGGUGUGUUUGACUUUUCUUUUCAUUUGCAUAGGACCAAUAUUUUUCCUACCUGACCUGAGAGGUGGGCUGAGCACCAGGGUAGACCAUGUUUACAAAGUGUACAAACAGAUGCAAAAAGCUGGACCAGAGCUCAUAUUGCCCCCUCCCCCGCCACAGUCAGGGGAAGAAGGGGCCAUCAGAAAACACGAGGGGCUUUAUCAUAUUGUGGUGGACCAUAAUGAUAUUCAUUUAUCAGACGACAAACAACGGUUAAUGGAAAAAAUAAACAAUGAUGAAGAAUUACGACACAUGAGAGUAAUUGAAAAACCUGUUGUACUCACAGUAAGUUCGACUGUGGCUAAUAAAGGUAAUCAGAUCGUUGGACAAGUAGACGAGAGUGUGAGAGUGCAAAAUGGAAAUGAAGUUGAGCUUGAAAAGUCAGGCUUGUCAGGAGGCGACGGCAAGAACCCAUUACCAGUAGUCCAAGGAGGUGAAGACAGAGACCCUGUGGCCAGACAACGACGAGACAAAGUGAAAGAGAUGGUGCUUCAUGCCUGGCGGGGUUACAAGACUUAUGCAUGGGGUAAGAAUGAACUUAGACCGGUGAGCAAGCGAGGUCACACAGCAGGAAUCUUUGGAAGACAAGACAUGGGAGCCACAAUAGUGGAUGCAUUAGAUACCCUCUAUAUCAUGGGAUUAAUGGACGAGUUCAAUGAAGGUCGUGCCUGGGUUCAGUACCACUUAGAUUUCAACCAGUUGAGAUCAGAAAUGUCAGUGUUUGAGACCAACAUUAGAUUUGUUGGAGGUCUUCUCUCAGUGUAUUCCCUGACUGGUGAUCCGCUGUUCAGAGACCGCGCACUGCACAUUGCUCGCAAACUCUUACCAGCCUUUGAUACCCCAACUGGAAUACCAUAUGCUCUCAUUAAUGUUGCUAAUGGGAUUGCUAAAAACUAUGCCUGGGCAAGUGGUGGUUCAAGUAUCUUAUCAGAAUUUGGAACACUACAUCUCGAGUUUGUUUACCUGUCAGACAUUUCUGGUGAUCCAGUUUUUAGGGAAAAAGUGAUGAGGAUUCGUGAUGUUAUAAGGAAGACAGAACGGCCGGAUGGUCUCUAUCCCAACUACAUGAAUCCUAAAACUGGAAAAUGGGGACAACGUCACACAUCCAUUGGAGCACUUGGAGACAGCUUUUAUGAAUACCUGAUAAAGGCUUACAUACAGUCUGGGGCGAAAGAUGAAAUUGCUCGAGACAUGUAUGUAGAAGCUAUCGGUGUUAUUACCAACCGUUUAGUUCUGAAGUCACAUUCUGGACUUACAUAUAUUGCUGAGAGCAAGUUUAACCGUUUGGAGCACAAGAUGGACCACUUGGCAUGUUUUUCUGGUGGUAUGUAUGCCCUGGGGGCAAAGAGAAUUGAAAGUCAAGUGUCUGCAACUCAUAUGGAGAUUGCAGAAGGUUUGGCAAACACAUGCCAUGAGUCUUACAUUCGCACCCCGACUGGCCUUGGACCAGAAAGUUUCCGUUUCACUGAAGGAAUUGAAGCACGAGCGUUAAAAUCAUCAGAGAAAUAUUACAUUCUAAGACCAGAGGUUAUUGAAACUUGGUUCUACAUGUGGCGAUUUACCAAAGACCAAAAAUACCGAGAUUGGGCAUGGGAGGCUAUCUUGGCUUUGGAGAAAUACUGUCGAGCCGAGGCUGGCUAUAGUGGUAUUCAAAAUGUGUACAUGGAAAACCCUCAAAAGGAUGACGUUCAACAGAGCUUCAUCUUUGCUGAAACUUUCAAGUAUCUGUACUUGAUAUUUUCCGAUGACUCCCUCCUGAGUCUUGAUGAGUGGGUGUUGAACACGGAAGCUCAUCCAAUCCCUGUAGAUGGUAACAAUGCAUUUUACCGCAAAGCCCAAGAGACGGAGAACCAGUGGUGAACUACAUCAAGGAAAGUGGUGAUGAGGUGACAUAAACAUAUUACAAGGUAUUCCAGUAUCUAUAGGAAAGUAAUUGAAGUAGAAACAUUAUAUUGGCUAAAGAUAUUUAUAUACAAAAGUUACAAUGUUGUCCCCAAACUCUCAAAACGUUUUGAAGUGGAGAUCACCACCAGAGGUUCGUGAAGUGGUUAAGACAAGUGGCAUCAAAGUUAUGUCAGUGUGAGCUUAAGGUUAGUAAAUGGGACUCUGGUACAGUACUGUGGUGUAUUAGUGUAAAGGAUAUUGUGGGUGAAGGAAACUCAGGAGUCAGCAAUUGCUCACACUGGCAUUGUUUUGAUACAUGCUUAAAUAGCUUUCCUCUGAAUGUGACCAAUACAGUACGUACCUCUCUUAUCCUUUGAAUGCAUCAGUUGUUUGUUACUAUAGGUAAAAAAAAAAUACCUCUCUCUGCCCUGUCCUUUAUUGUUGCCUUUGAUAAUUGCAAAAUGAGUGAUUGUGAAUCCUACUUCAUCAUAUUGAGAGAACAAUGUCCAAAGGAAUUUCUUCUGCAUAUGUGGAUGUUUCAGAUUCAGAAUGACUACUGUUGCAAAUUAUACCAUGCUAGAUGAAAAAAUUAUGAUCACUCCUCAUAAACUAAGAUUUAAAAUUUUCUUCGGUUCAAAAGGGGAAAAAAAAAGACUCCACAGGUACUUAGCAAAAUUUAUUACCAACAGGUCAUUGACAUCUUAUUCCUCCAUAUCUUUUAUUUCCUACGUUAAUGGCAUUGAUAAUUCUUUCAAAUACUGCAUUAUACAGUACAGUAGUGCAAUUUUGUUUAUACAGUAAUUGAUUUUUUUAUUAAAUUUUAUCUUAUCCCACCAGGCUACAGUACAUCUAGAUUGUAUAGUAUCUUGAAAAGAAAAAAAAACUGCCAGGAUUGGUCUGAUGACUUCCAAAUUGUUACAUGCAGCUCUUUGAUGUCCUGGGAGGGUUGGUAUGUGUGGCUCUGUGGCAUACUGAUCCUACUACAUUUGGUAACCAAACAUCAUAUUAAUUAUGCUGAAAUAAAUGCACAUUGCAUUACUUACGUUAAACUACUGUACUGUAUAUACCAAAGUAAAUGCACGUCCCAAUAUCUAUCAUCCUCUGUCUUAUAAUGUUUCACAGAGUGUGGACAUACCUUUUUGAAUUACUGUACAUUGGUUGUAUUUUGCAUGUUUUAUAUAUUUUACCUCUUUGUCCAUGAGUUAUCGCAGUUGCUGGUCUUAAUUUUUCUUUAUUUAUAAAUUCGUUCUCAGAAAAGCCAAGGUAAAGCUGUAUACCAUCUACAUGCCCACCAUUUACUUUUUCUUACCAGUUGUUACAUUCCUGUUCUCCUUCACCAAGUUAUCCUGUGAAAUAACUUAAUUAUUUAUCAGUGUAUUUUAUUUCAUAUUUUAAACCUGGUGUAUUAACAUGUAGCUGAUUUUAAUACAGUUACAGUACAUCAUGAAUAUAUUUUAAUCAUAGUUUCUUCUUACAAACUCUGAUAAAGUACGGUACUUACAAUUUUAUUUUUUAUAAUACUUUAAUUUCAUCCUGAUAGAAAUAAUGUCUGUAUAUAAUGCCACAAUUACACUAUGAAAGUAUGAUGUUGCCUUAAGUUUUAGAUUGCGUCUCCCCACAGGAUAAUAGACCAGACUCUAGGACCGUGUUCACACCUAUAUGAUUUCAAGUUCUGUAUGGAAACAAGCAUUCCUUUUCCCGGUCAUCUUAAAAUGUUGUGUUGUUCAGUAACAGGUGUAGCUUGAUUUUACUGUAGUUGCCAUCAUCGGUAAUGUACGUUCUAUUACAUUCCAAGAAUUUUUUUUAUCAUAAUAUAUGAGCCUGACAUGAUGCAUAACUCCUUCCAUCUACAAAAAUUAUGGUCUGUCCUGCUAUCCAUGAGUCCUAUAUAUCUGAACAGUAUUAUGCUUUUUAUUACAUUAAAUGAAGGGCCAAGUGAAUUCCUCUGUGAAUAGAAUACAAAGUUUUGAAGGCUUAGCCACAGUGGUCAGAGCAUCUGAUAAAGAAGUAUUGUACAGUAUAACACUUUAUUAUCAUAACUAUCACAUUGAAGUCGAACAGUCACAGUUUGUUUGAUCAAUGAAAUGAAGAAAUUGUGACAAGAAUAAAGAAUUCAUUUGCAAGUUUUGGUUAGAGAGUGGAAGAAUCGAUUAAUUGCAUGGAAGUGAGUUGCAUUAUAAAUCUGUUAAUUUGAUUUUCAUUUAGUACUCCUAUAUCUGUUCCUGUUCAAGACUGUUUCUUUCAAACAUUUAGUAGACCAAUUGUUGCAUAUUUCAUAGAUUUGUUAAACAAUAUAUUAUGUUUUACUCUGGUUAUUGUAUACAGCUGUGCCUAAUAGAUUUGGAAGACAAAGUGUAAAUUUCCUUUAAAAAAUUUGUUUGAUUUGGCUUCAAAUCAGAGGUACUGUACUGGUCUUCUGAUCAGCAUUAUUUCUGCUUCAUUGUACUUUAAUAUCCUUUUGACACUCCAUGUGUAAUAUCUUCCAAAAUUUUAUUUUCUCUACAGAAUAGCUCGACUCUUCCAAUUCUUUGUUUCCCAUUGUUUUUUCUUAGCCUGAUUAGAAUAUUAUUACAUACGUCUCCUCACACAUCCAUUUUCCCAAGGUUACUUAAUUCAGUUGUAUUAAUCACUUAAUAAUUCUUUGCUUUUAUUGUACUCUAUACCAAAAACAUCAGUAAGACGUGGACAGUAUUAAGGUUUGACCUUUUGUUGAUGAAGAUUUUUCAUAGUUUGGCAGGUAUGUUUUUUUGUGGAAAAACAAGAUGUCAUGUUGUUGGUUCAAAUUUGUACAUAGAAGUUAAUGAGUUUUCUAUGGGGUGAUAGAAUGGCAAUUUCAGUGUUGUCUAUUGCAGUGGGUCAGUUAACAUGAGGUGAUUGAUCAUAAUUGUUUGUCAGACAAAGAUCUUUCAGACCAAGGUUUAUUGUUAACAAAUAAUUUAUGGGCUAUUUUUAUAAAAUCCUGAAGGUUACAAGCUGGCUUGUUAAGAUUGUAUCUUUUCUUAUUUUUUUGAUUUGGAUCAGACACUAGUCUAGAUCUUCGAUGCAUGACGGCGAGUAUAAAAUUGAUUGCAAAUUAGUUAGAAGGGGUGCGGUUGUGUAAAAUGGUGGUGGUAGUUACCUCAUACUAGUUAUAGUAGUGAUGACUAAUCUUUUACUUGAUAUCAUACAUCCGAGGUCAAAUAUAAUUCAUACUUUGGUAUGGUAGUGUUCCAGUAUAUUACUGAGCAGUGGGAGGGGAGGGACAGGAAGAGAAAUUAUUUCAUUCUCUGAAUGAUUUAUUUUUCUCCAUUUACUUAGCUACCUUUCAACAGGUAAAAUCCAGGUAGUUACUGUAUGAGCAAUCCAUAACAUAGCUGAUUAAACUUAUCCUCAGGACAAAUUCUGAAAUAUUACUUAAUGAAUAGAAAGGAUGGAAGUUGACUGAUAUGACCUGUUGUUAGCCAUAUUGUAAAUUAUAAAUAAAAAGUUUGUGUGCAUGAGCAACUGGGUUCUCAAGUCUAAUUUCAGUAUUUAGAACCUGAGGUUUAACUUUUGUUCCUCUACUUUACUUUAAAUAUUUAAAUACACUAUAAUUACUAAGUCAUGGAUAUUAAACCUGUAAUUUAAACAUCAGUAUUGCUCAGUGCUAAAGAUGUAGGAAGUUUUAGUUGGCAUGAAUAUAGAUAAUUUAAUAGGUAACGUGUACUCCAGUUUAAACUGGUGAUUCCAGCCAUAGCAUUACAAUAAUCAUGCACUUAGCAUCAGUAUUAGGGAACCCCAACCAGCCUACCAUCCAGAAUAGUACUGCACUUUAUUUUAUCGCAACACCUUGGCAUCACGGUUUAGUUGUACUAUUUGAUUAUAUCUCUUCAUACAGCAUUAUGAAACAACACAGUGUGAGGUGUUACAUGCAAAUUGAUCUUAUUUUAUGUGUGGUGUUUCACAAAAGAGCACUGUGUUGUACUAAUGAUCUGUCUUGGGUUAGGUGUUCCACUGACAUAUACUGCCAAAAAUAUCAGCAUGAUUUGUAUGUUGUGAAGAUAUAGGGUAGGUACAUUUAAUUUGUAAAUAUAACAUUAGUUACAUUUAGCUUAACUCUAUAAAAUAGAGAAGUAUUCCACCAGCCUCAGCUUUUUCAUCAUGUUUACAUCCACACUUCAGUGAAGACUUGUCCUGUUUCCACAUUGGUGAAGGACACAGCAGUGUGUGUGUGCCAGGAGUAGAGGCAAACAAAUUAAUUGAUUAAUCUGGUUUAAUUCCAAACUUUAUUGCAGUAACACUGUUGUUUAUUUACACACUUAUACUCUGCAUAAUUGAUAAAAAAAAUUGAGUGAUUUGAAGUCCAUUACAAUUAUAUUAAAAUAUGUUGAAUGUUUCCACUUAAGUCUUACUCAUAAGCCAUUUUGUUUGUUGAAAUACUAUACAGUAUACAGUAAUAUACUUUAAUUUUUUAGUUCCUCGUACUGAAUUCAAAUUUGGUAAAAAUUAAGAAUGCAGAUACCAUGACUCUUUUGUACAUUGCUUCUUGUGAGAAAAACGAAGUACAGUACAUAAUAAAAAUGUAUAAAUGACCUGCACAAUAUGUCCUGGGUAACAGUUGCCAAAGUAACAGUUAUACAGGUGAAGGUUAUGUUAAUGUCAUACAGUCUGUUACAAAGUUAUGCUGUACUGUACUUCUACUUGAUUUAAGACCCAAUGAAUGCUUCUAAAUUAAAAAAAAAAAUAAUAUUAUUGUAAGUCUUGUAUAAAUCUAAAAUUAUAUUUUUUUAAACAUUCAGGAAAGGAAUUAAUAGGUUUACUCAGGCCAUCAACUUUAACUAUGUAAUGAGAGUAAUGUUACUUGAUAUAGUUGUGUAUUAAAAUGUUUGGAGUAUUUGUUAGAAUGACAGUGGAAUAAAGUGAGGAUAUACAAAUGAGGAAAUGCAGUGACAGUUAAGAUAUUUAUGAUAAUACAUGUAUUGUUUGAAAGUUAAGAUUGAAUGGAGAAGAAAUAGUGUGCAGGUUAAUGCCUCACUUGACUGACUGAGCAGCUACAAUAUUCGACUUGAGGGAGCAUUAGGUUGGUUCAAUCAUAUGAAAGCAAAUAAAAGUUUAAAUAUAUUUGGAAGAUUGUGAUGGAAUACAAGUGUAAGGUAGGUAGUAAUUAUGUAAGCAGACAUGAACACAGAAAAAAUGUGCAAUAUCUGUAGUAUUUAAAGUUGUGCAUGGAUGAAAGGUAUUGGCACAGUAUACAUAGGAUAGAGGCUGUGAACUUAGGGCAAGAUUUGUAUGAUAGUUCUAUCUUGUGGCUUACGGUGUAUUUUAAUUUAUUUUAAAGCAGUCAGGUUGUGAGAAAUAGUAGUCUAAAAUACCCAGAAGAAUAUCAUUAUUGGGGACUGAAAAGUUAAUUGAAAGGAUCAGCUUUGUAUGAGAGGAUGUUGUGUUUGUCUUGGGGUCAGGUAAGCAGCAUAUCAAUGAAACUUAGCAGUGGAAGGUUGUAGAAAAUAAUAUCACAAGAAGCUUCAGGAGAGAAAGAGUGGUGGAUGAUUUUAAGGAUUAAUUAUAUUCAAAUGACUGGUGCGUAACUGAUGUCUGCACUAUUGUUGUUACUACAGACCAUUUAAGCCUUUACAAGUUGGGGGACUUAAAUUAUGAACCACCCUAAUGUGGAUUACUCCUUGAAUUUUACUGUACUACCGGGUAUUCUAAAAUAUAAGUUGUAAAUUCAGAUUGGUUUAAUAAGUUUAUUUCAUUUAUGAAAACAAUGAUCCAAGUUUUAUACUGGUUUUGCGUUCCCUCUGCAUUGUUUAGUUAUUAUUGAAAGGUUAACUGUUCUUUUAAAUACAGUAUUAUAAAAUAUAUAUUUUCUUGCUGUAGAAUGUUUGUAGUUAUAAAUUAUCAUGUAGAUAAAGAGGACUUUUAUUAGAAGUAUUUGGUGUGUUUGGUGAUGAUAGAAGCAUUGAGAUUAUGGUAUACAGUAUGUUUUCCAUUUACUAUUUAUAACUUUUGAGUGAAAGUUCUUAGUGGAACAUCUAACCCAAUCAUUGGAUAUGCAGGACUCAAAAAUCACCCAUCAAAAUUAAAAUAACUAAUUAUUUUACUUGAAUGUUUUUAUGUCUGAAUUUGCAUUUCACAAGAUAGUCUAGUAAUUUUGAAGUUGGUUUCAAGGUUGCUGUAUGUAAAUUGUAUUUUGAUGGUUUUAUAAAUUUUCUGUACAAAUACUCUUUACUUUAGUAUAAGUGAUAAUAUAUUAUAGUGUAUUGUGAUAUGAAGAUUCUUCAAUAAUACUAUAGUAGUAAUUGUACAUAAAGCAUAUUUAGGUGUCAUGGUGAAUGAUGCUGUAUAUCCUCAUGAAGUAUGUGUUGUUGACAGUAGACUACAUUUGUCAUUUGAUAAUACAAGUCAGACUACAAUGAUUUCUUUUAGAACAUGACUUGCUAAUUGUAAAAACCUUAAUGUAAAUGCAAUGCUGGAUGAAAGAAGAAUUAUGGAACAUGUUACUUCAAAUGGAGAAAGUGGACUUAGGAAACAAUGAAUAUAUUUGUUUGGAUAUAUAAAUGUUACACUUAAAGUACCAGAGUUGCUUUGUUAUGUUUUGUGUGGUCGUGUUGAUCUUUUUAGAGUUGGAAAUAAAAUUAUCACUGGUUC